GUAGAGAUGAUGGGAGAAAGGUGCAGGUUCGCAGGAUCUGAGAUGAGCUGGGCUUUUCCUGCCUUUUGCUUUUGCUUAAGGGAAUGGACAAGGAACUGAGAUUUAUGACCCUUAUUAAAGAAAAAAAGUAUGUGCCUUAUUAGGGUGGGACACUUGGUUUGUGCAGUCUUUCUCUCUCUCUCUCUCUCUCUGUGUUUUUAGGGAACAACCAGAAUGAAUUGAUGGAUUUGUAAUGGUAGUUUGUUGCUGGAGAAUGCUACUUUGCAUGCCUUUUCUUCUCUUGCAGGCUAUGUUCUGUUUUGUGCUUUUCCUUUUAGAUGCUACUAAAGGGUAUUGGGGAUACUUGGGACUAUUAUGAAGGCCAAAAGGCCUGUUGACUGGGGCUGCUUUUAACCCUUUCAUAUUUGCAGAGAAUGCAACCGUGUGACAGUAACUGAGCACUGGUCCAAAGUCUUUUCAAAAGGUCAAGGUUCACAAGAACUCAGCCUUGUUAAGUACAACUGGUGCAGAAGUUGCCCUGAUAGCGAACCUUAAAAAGGAAUGGUGGUACAAGGUGACAAGGAUCCGAAGGACAUUUGGGGCUGUUUCUUCCUCAGCCCGCAGAGAUCUGUCCCUCACUUCUCAAACUGCCAGAACUGAAGCAGCAGCCCUCACAGCAGCCCAGAUGUUGGUGUUAAGUAUGUUUCAGGGAUGGUCACUAAUCAAGAACAUCUGAUCAAAUUCAUGACCAUGGGGGAUAUGAAGACCCCAGACUUUGAUGACCUCUUGGCAGCAUUUGAUAUACCAGAUAUGGUCGAUCCCAAAGCAGCGAUUGAGUCUGGACACGAGGACCAUGAAAGCCACAUCAAGCAGAAUGCUCAUGUGGAUGACGACUCUCAUACUCCAUCAUCCUCAGAUGUUGGCGUCAGUGUCAUUGUGAAGAAUGUUCGGAACAUCGAUUCCUCUGAGGGAGCUGAAAAAGACAGCCACAACUCCACAGGCAAUGGCUUGCAUAACGGGUUUCUCACAGCAUCCUCUCUUGACAGCUAUGGUAAGGAUGGCACAAAGCCCAUAAAAGGAGACACACCUACCUCAGAGGUGACUCUUAAAGACCCAGCAUUCAGCCAGUUCAGCCCCAUCUCCAGUGCUGAAGAGUUUGAUGACGAUGAGAAGAUAGAGGUGGAUGAGCCUCCUGAUAAGGAAGAUACACGGUCAGGUUUCAGAUCAAAUGUAUUAACUGGCUCAGCUCCCCAGCAGGACUAUGACAAGCUAAAGUCACUCGGAGGGGAAAACACAAGCAAGACUGGAAUCUCUACAUCAGGCCAUGUAGAGAAGAGCAAAGUCAAGCGAGAGACAGAAACAAAUUCCAUAACCCUGAGUGUUUAUGAGCCUUUUAAGGUUAGGAAAGCAGAGGACAAGUUGAAGGAGAACUCUGAGAAGAUGCUUGAGAACAGGGUCCUUGAUGGCAAACUGAGCUCUGAGAAGAGUGACACCAGCCUUGCCACCAUCACAUCUUCCAAAGCAAAGUCGUCCUCUAAGCUCUCUUCGUGCAUAGCUGCCAUCGCAGCCCUGAGUGCUAAGAAAGCUGCUUCAGACUCCUGCAAAGAAGUUGUGGCUAAUUCAAGGGAAGCUUCUCCAUUACCAAAGGAAGUGAAUGACAGUCCCAAAGCUGCCGACAAGUCUCCUGAGUCUCAGAAUCUCAUUGAUGGCACCAAGAAGGCCUCCCUGAAGCCAUCUUCUGGGGAGAUCAAGAGAACAGUGACCAGAGUGUUGCCAGAAGUGGAUCUGGAUGCUGGGAAGAAGCCUUCUGAGCAGGCAGCAUCUGUGAUGGCAUCUGUGACAUCACUUCUCUCAUCUUCAGCAACAGCCGCUGUCCUUUCCUCUCCCCCCAGGGCACCUCUGCAGACAGCCAUGGUUACCAGUGCAGUGUCCCCUGCAGAGCUGACUCCCAAACAGGUCACCAUCAAGCCCGUGGCAACUGCUUUCCUUCCUGUGUCUGCUGUCAAGACAGCAGGGUCUCAAGUCAUCAAUCUGAAGCUUGCUAACAACACGACAGUGAAAGCCACAGUCAUAUCUGCUGCCUCUGUUCAGAGUGCCAGCAGUGCCAUUAUCAAAGCUGCCAAUGCCAUCCAGCAGCAAACCGUUGUGGUGCCAGCAUCCAGCCUGGCCAAUGCCAAACUCGUGCCAAAGACUGUGCACCUUGCCAACCUUAACCUUCUGCCUCAGGGUGCCCAGGCCACCUCUGAACUCCGCCAAGUGCUAACCAAACCUCAGCAACAAAUAAAGCAGGCAAUAAUCAAUGCAGCGGCCUCCCAACCACCUAAAAAGGUAUCUCGAGUCCAGGUGGUGUCAUCCUUGCAGAGUUCUGUGGUGGAAGCUUUCAACAAGGUGCUGAGCAGUGUCACCUGUUUCCAUCCCAACCCUCAGCCCUCCCGCCAAUGCAGGGAUCACGUUACCGAUGCGUGGGUAUAAGUGCUUGGAGUGUGGGGACUCCUUCGCCCUGGAAAAGAGCCUGACCCAGCACUAUGACAGGCGUAGUGUGCGCAUCGAAGUAACGUGCAACCAUUGUACAAAGAACCUUGUUUUUUACAACAAAUGCAGCCUCCUUUCCCAUGCCCGAGGGCAUAAGGAGAAAGGAGUGGUGAUGCAGUGCUCCCACUUAAUUCUAAAGCCAGUCCCAGCAGACCAGAUGAUAGUUUCUCCGUCUAGCAAUACUACUUCUUCUUCUCUGCAGAGCUCUGUGGGAGCUGGUACACACACUGUAACAAAAAUCCAGUCUGGCAUAACUGGGGCGGUUAUUUCAG